AUGACGACGACGGCGAUGCAGGAUAAGGACGGAAUCGAAUUGCUGACGAAAGCGAUCGCCGAGCUGGAUCGCGUCAUUAAGGAGUAUGAAGGAAACUUGGUCGUGAAGAUCCCGCCUCGCGUUGCACAGAGACAGGAAGAUGCGGAUUUGGAGGGAUUGAUGAAGAAGAUGGAGAUGGAAAACCAGGAAGUGGCCGCGGAUGAUGAUGAUAGCGACGACUAA